AGGCGGUGACCAACGAUGGUCACUGACUUGAUAAAAGUGAUCCUCUCGAACCCGCCCAUUGUCCUGCCUAAGUUGGCAGCAACUCCACAACCUAUGACUGCACUGCUAUCGCUUUACGUGAGGAGAUCAGCAGUAAUAGCAGGUCUCCCUCUGGGGCAGGGUGUGGUGGAGGUGCCCCACCCUGAGCACUCCUUCCCUGGGGUUAAAAUGACCCUGCUCUGCCUCUGUGGAUCCAGGACUACAAGAGGAGUGUGUGGAGCUGCGGAGGAAGUGAAAGACAUCUUUGCUAAGGCGAGGAACGGAGCCUAUCGCCUGCUGAAGGUCGUCAUUGAGAUGGAGACUCUGGUGCUGGGAGGCACCAAGCAUGCGUCUAAGAAGUGGGACCAGGAGUAUGAUGCCUAUGUGCUGCCUCUCCUACAGGAGGACAUGCCCUCCUAUCUCCUGUACAGGCUGGACUCUACUAACAACCAGGGAUAUGAGUGGAUCUUCCUGGCCUGGUCACCUGACCGCUCACCUGUUAGACAGAAGAUGUUGUAUGCUGCUACAAGAGCUACACUGAAGAAGGAGUUUGGGGGUGGACACAUUAAAGAUGAAAUAUUUGGCACAGUGGAGGAUGAUGUGUCUCUGAGUGGGUACAGGAAGUACCUGAUAGCACAGGCUGCUCCACAACCACUGACUGCUGCUGAGGAGGAGCUGAGGCAGAUCAAACUGAGCGAGGUACAGACCGACAUCAGUGUGGACACUAAGCAACAGACUCUGACGGGCGUGGCCUUCCCUAUGCAGCGAGACGCCAUCCAAGCUCUGGAACAGUUCAGAGAGAAGAAGAUCAACUACGUACAGCUGGAGAUUGAUUUUAGGAAUGAGUGUAUCAAGCUGUCCAGCACCACUCCUACAGAACUGAAGGAUCUGCCCAAGAGGAUCCCCAAGGAUGCAGCCCGAUACCACUUCUUCCUGUACAAGCAUUCCCACGAGGGAGACUACCUCGAGUCUACAGUGUUCAUCUACUCCAUGCCGGGGUAUAAAUGUAGCAUCAGAGAGAGGAUGCUCUACUCCAGCUGUAAGAACCCUCUCAUCGAUACUGUGGAGAGCAACCUGCACAUCCAGAUAGCCAAAAAGCUGGAGAUUGAUAACGGUGAUGAGCUCACCGCAGAAUUCAUGUACGAAGAGGUCCACCCUAAGCAGCACGCACACAAGCAGGCCUUUCCCAAACCUAAAGGCCCCGCGGGGAAGAAAGGAGGGCGCCGGAUCACUAGACCACCAGGGGAUGGCGAAGAAGACUAAUAAAACACCCCUCCAUUUUAGUCCACAAUGGAACAUUCCACUUAGUAUAUAAGAACCCUUUAUCUGGUUGACUCCCAAAUGGCCCCCCUAUUCACUUUAUAGUGCACUACUGUUGACUAGGGCCUAUAGGGCUCUGGUUAAAAGGAGUGCACUAUAUAGGGGACAGGGUUCCAUGUAGAACAUAGACCAUUGACAUGAAUCCCUCCUAAUGCCCUUUAACCUCAUAGACAACCAGCCUGUAGACUAUAUGAACUAUGCACACACAGACCACCACACUAAUAUAAGCCAUGACACUCAAACCUGUGAACUAACUUACAUUAGUAGCUUGUUAUUUAGACAGACAGUCGGUGCUGUGUUUUCAUGAUGAUGAGAGAGAGAGCGAACAUUUCCCUUUAGAGCUAUAGCUAAUGUUUUUUUAUUUCUCAUAUUAUUUCACAAUGUUUUUAAAAUAUAUGGUUCCUAAUCUUGGUUCUGGAGAGCUGGAUGUGUUUUUAAGAUAUAUGGUUCCCAAUCCUGGUUCUGGAGGUCCUGGAGAGCUAGAGGUUCUGGAGAGCUAGAGGUUCUGGAGGUCCUGGAGAGCUAGAGGUUCUGGAGGUGUGUGAGAUGAAAGACCUUGUGGUUUUUCUGGUGAGCAUGUGAUACUGAUCUGAACACUUCACCUUGUUAUUAGUGCUGAUUCAAUGCCGACAAUGUUGUAGCAGUUCUAUAAUGCCUUGUGUAAAGUCAAUCAAUAGAGAAUGUUGUUCCACAACCGCUAGCUCUUCAGGAUCAGAGUUGAGGGCUGGGUCCUAUUCAUGUGACACUAAAUGGAGAAAACAGAGAGGGACCACCUAGACUUGUCCAAUAAGAAUAGCUUGUUUUCGCUUUCCGUUGAUAAAUGUUUGAAAACGUUUAGCUAUGGUGUGCCUAAUGAAUAGGACCAUGCUGACGUAGAAGCUUGAUUUGGGAGAGAAGAGAGGCCAUGUGUGGGUCUGUGGAUGUUAAGAAGCCUAAUGCUUUUGUAUACAUUUUACUGUAUGCAUCUAAUUUGUACUACCACUACCAUGUCCAUAACAACUGUAUGAUUACAUGUCAGUUCAAAAUCUAGUUAGGGAUUUCUCUUUCCAUGUUCUUUUACUGAAGAAUGAAAAAUCCUAUAGAAAGUAUUUUUCUAGGUCUGUGAUGUACUGUAUGUGUGUGUGGUGUUCUGCGACUGAGAGGUCACAGCCUGAAUCAGUUGAAUGUCAACCGUUAUCUGUUUGUCGGUCUGUGUGAGAGAGAGAGUGCCUGGGUGCGUCCGGAAUGGCACCCCAUUCCCUAUAUAGUGCACUACUUUUGACCAGAGCCCAUCAGAAUAGGUACCCUAUUCCCUAUAUAGUACACUACUUUU